AUGUUUGCCACUCGUAGUUUCUUCUUGUUCAUGAACAUGGUGGAUGUCCAGUCAAAAGGAAGUGUGAACCGGAUCAAGAAAUGCGCAUUCGAUCUUCUAUCGAUCGGAGAUAUGACCGACGAUGAGUAUUCAUGGGACCUCAUGGGAAAAGAUCUCCGGCUCAAAUUGAUGUUCUUGUACUGUGAUUUCAGUCAGGUGAUCUCUAGUGCACCGAAGGAAGAAAAGAAGAGCCUCAUAGACCUUGCUAAUAGGUUGUUCCAUUACAUUGAAGAGCUGGAUCAUGCAGUGAAGAUACGUAGCAUUCCAUUAACUCAAAAUCGAUACAACGACGCGGCUCUUGUGUUGCAAGAAGUGAUGGCACUUGUCCCAUGA